AUAGUGCUUGCCUCAUACUACAUGCGAGAGCAUCCUAUCUUCAUCUUCUCUCGUACGUGAUAGAUCUCCCCUAUAAAUAGGCGUAGAUGAUGAAUGAGUUAUGCAAAUACUCCUAUCAGUCAAGUUGAGAAUAAGCUCCAUCGAGGUCCAUUUAGCUGCUCGAUCGCGCAGUCAAGGAUGAGCUAUGGCGCCGCCCCAAGAUGCCUCGCCUCGGAGGAAGAGAAGAAGACGUCAUGGCCGGAGUUAGUGGGGAAGUCCAUCGAGGAGGCUAGGGAGGUCAUCCUCAAGGACAUGCCCGAGGCUGACAUCGUCGUCCUCCCUACCGGCUCAGCAGUAACCAUGGACUUAAGGAGCAACCGUGUCCGCAUCUUCGUCGACACUGUGGCAACCGCUCCUACCAUUGGCUAGCUUUCUUUGCUCGCUGGGAGCGAUAUGCAUGCGGCAGACAUGACGUGUGUUGAUGAUCUAGUAAUAAUUCUAAUAAUGGAUGCAUAAGUACAUGCUGAGCACCAGCAUGUUACUUAUGGAUCAAUGUACUUUUUUUGGGGUUAUGAAUCGAUGUGCUCGAUUGGUUAA